GUCGCAAAGCUCAACCGCUUCGACGCGCGCUCAAGCGACACCCCAGGAACGAGGCUCACGCUAAUUACGUCGCGGGGGUCCCCCUAGCCCUCCCGCUCCCCCACGGGCAGCAGCGACCUCAAAUAUGCCGGCUCCAACAAAAGCCUGCAUCAUAUGUGGUGAAAAAGCGUCGCUCCGAUGCAGCCGCUGUCGCCGAGGGCCGUUCUGCUCGGCGCCGUGCCAGCGAAGGGACUGGCCCGCGCACCGGAAGUUGUGCGUCCAAGAGUCCCGCAAACCCGAGGUCGAGGCCAGGGCCGCGCGCAAGCCCAGCCCGAUGGCGGACGUCGCGGCGGCGCUGGGGCCCGUGGAGGCCUGCAUUAAGAGGAAGGGCGCGGCCGCACCGGAGGAUAUACAAAGGAGCGACCGGUGCGUGCUGACGCUCACGCCGAUGCUCUUCGGGCGCUGUGGGGAGAGGGAGUGUGGCGGGGAGGGGGACGACUACGACCGGCUCCUGGCGUCGCCGCGGUCGCUGCGGAGCGAAGCCGACGCCUUCGCGAAGGCCUGUGGACGGUUCGCGCUGCUGGAGCUGCUGCGGGACCCCGCGGCGGCCUUUUCGACGCUCGCCGGGCGCGACGGCGAGUGCUGCGUCGUGGAAGAUUGCCGGGACCUGGGCGACGACGUGUUCUUCACGCUGGCGCCCGCGAACGCGCCGCUGGACCGCACGCGGCGCGCCGAAGUCAAUAGGGCGGUGCAGCGCGGCGCGGGCCGGUUGGACGACGUCACGGCGGCGACGGCUCAAAGAUGCGGCAAGGGAGACGAGUGGGACCGGGCGUUCCGGGCCUGCGGCUGCGACCCGUCCAAGGUCGUCAUAAGGGUCGACUGCGCGGACCCGGCCGCGACGUUCGAGCCCGAGUAGGAACACACUUAUG